AUGGCAGUAUCUAUUGACAACGAAGCACGUCUCGUUCUAUUUCAAUCAAUUGGUCUCAAUGAACAAAAAGCUCGUGAAACAUUGAAAAAUCAUGAUCUUACUCGUGUUUUGGAGACAACUAUCAAUGAAACUAAAAAGAUUUUACCUAAUGAAAAUCAAAUAACUAAAUCAAUUGGUAAUCUUCUCUAUGCUCUUUCAACAAAGAGUAAACAACAAAUAUAUCAUUUACAUUCCUAUUUAAUUAAAUAUAUUUGUGAAGAAAAAAUCAAAACUGAACAACAGCUCAUAGCCGCUAUUGAUUAUCUUUUAACAAAUCCAACGGAACCAGUUGAUCAGAAAGCAUUAGAAGAAAGUGCAGGUAUUGGAGUCAUAGUGACUUCUGAGGAAAUUAAACAUAUGGUCGAAGAAAUUAUUGAACAAAACAAAACUAAAUUACUUGAACAGAAGUAUGAAUUUUCCAUCGGUACACUUUUAGGUGAAGUUCGUAAACGUUUAAAAUGGGCUGAUGGAGGAACUAUUAAAGCAGAAAUGGAUAAUCAAUUACUUAAACUUCUUGGUCCUAAAGAUCAUUCUACUAAAAAGACAACACAAAAAUCAAAUGUUUCAUCAACGACUGAGAAUGGACAAGUACGUUCAUUUGCGGAUUUAGUUGGUGAAGCAUUGAAUUUUCAUAAACCAGGUGAAAAUUAUAAAACAGAAGGAUAUCAAAUGACACUGAACACAAUGAAUCUUAUUCGAGAACAUUUAAAAAAAACAGGUGGACAAGUUAUAACACGAUUUCCACCUGAACCUAAUGGAAUUUUACAUAUUGGUCAUGCUAAAGCAAUUAAUUUUAAUUUUGGUUAUGCAAAAAUUAAUAAUGGUAUUUGUUAUUUACGUUAUGAUGAUACAAAUCCAGAAAAAGAAGAAGAAAAAUUUUUUACUGGCAUCCUUGAUAUUGUUAAAUGGCUUGGUUAUGAACCCUAUAAAGUAACUCAUGCAUCAGAUCAUUUUGAUCAAUUAUUUGAAUGGGGUAAAGAAUUAAUUCGUCGUGAUCUUGCUUAUGUUUGUCACCAAAAAUGUGAUGAAUUAAAAGGACAUAAUAUUCCUGAAUCACCAUGGCGUAACCGACCUAUUGAUGAAUCUUUACAAUUAUUUGAAGAUAUGAAACAUGGUAAAUUCUCUGAAGGUGAAGCAACAUUACGUAUGAAAUGUGUAAUGGAAGAUGGGAAACUUGAUCCUGUUGCUUAUCGUAUUAAAUUUGCUCAUCACGCUAAGACGGGUGAUAAAUGGUGUAUCUAUCCAACAUAUGAUUAUACACAUUGUUUGAAUGAUUCAAUUGAAAAUAUUACUCAUUCAUUAUGUACAAAAGAAUUUCAAGCAAGACGUUCUUCAUAUUACUGGUUAUGUAAUUCUCUUGAUGUAUAUUGUCCUGUACAAUGGGAAUAUGGUCGUUUAAAUCUUCAAUAUACCGUUGUAUCAAAACGAAAAAUUGUUAAAUUAGUUGAAAAUAAUGUUGUUAGAGAUUGGGAUGAUCCACGUUUAUAUACAUUAACUGCAUUGAGACGACGAGGUUUUCCACCUGAAGCAAUUAAUUUGUUUUGUGCUCGUAUUGGUGUAACAAUGUCACAAACUGUUCUUCAUCCAGAUAUGCUUGAUGCAUGUGUACGUGAAGUACUUAAUGCUACUGCUCCAAGAGUAAUGGUUGUGCUAGAACCAUUAAAAGUAACGAUUACUAAUUUUCCAUAUGAACAUAUGAUAGAAUUACCUGUACUUAAUAUUCCUGGAGAAGAAUCGAAUGGUUCUCAUACAAUUAAAUUUGAUUCUGUGGUUUAUAUUGAAAAAUCCGAUUUUAAUGAAAAUCCACCAAAAGAUUUCAAACGAUUAACACCUCAUCAAUCAUGUGGAUUAAAAUAUACUAGUUUAGUUCUUACUAUUCAAGAGAUCAUUCGAGAUUCAAAUAAUGAACCUAUUGAAUUAAAAGUAACAUGUCAAAGAGUAACUGAUGAAGGUGUUGCAAAAUAUAAAAGUUUCAUUCAUUGGGUAUCACAUCCAAAUAAAUGUGAAGUUCGACUUUAUGAAAGACUUUUUCUCCAUCCAAAUCCUGAAGAUAAAAAAGAAGUUCCAGAUGGUUUUCUUUCAGAUAUUAAUCCAAAUUCAUUAAUAAUCAAUUCAAACGCUUUUGCUGAUGAUGGCAUUAAAAAUGCUAAAAUAUUGGAUAAGUUUCAAUUUGAACGUAUAGGAUAUUUUAGUGUUGACCAAGAUACAACAAAUGAAAAACAUGUAUUCAAUCGAACAGUAACACUAAAAGAAGACAAACAACGCAUCUCAUAA